AUGUCACAGAUACAGCAGGAUCCAAAGCCGUUUCUCAAGAAGUUCUUGAGCUCGUUGGAUAUCCAGUUCAACUCGCCUACUUCUUCCACACAAUUCGCCAAUGUCGACCAGUAUGCCACUCUGUUUGGCAAGAAUCUCAAGCGCUCUUCAGCCGUCAUAGUCGAUGGAACGCCGUUGAUUCCCACGGGUACUGAUGAUGCUAGACUCGAGUUCCAGAAGAAAUGGAUCCAGGUGCCCUUAACUAUGCAUCAGUUGAACAGCUAUGACUGCCAUUUGAUACCCGGAACAGGUGUCUUUGUUAUCAAUCUCAGUGUUAAAGUCAAAUUCGAUGAAAGCGGCAGAAGCAAAUUGGGCGAAUCAGCAGACUUAGUACACGAUUCGACUGGCUCCAGAAACACCAGACCUAUUUGGGGGUCUUGGUUUGGAGUGAAUAUCAACAUGGUAGUCGACGAGACUGUGAUAAAUAACGGAGAUGGCGAAGUUAUCAGUAGCUUCGACUACCGUUUCACUUACAAGCCCGACGACAGUGUCAUCAGAAUAUGA